UUAACAUAACGCAUUUAUAAAAAUGUGAAGAUAUUCAUCUAAAAUUUAGUGGGUUUUUAACAUGAAUAUAUUUAUAAAAAAGAAUUGGUCACAAAUUGAACUUCUGAUCGAAGUGGAUGCACCCAAGUUUUAAAAAAAUCACUUCCACCAAAUGUCCUUCCUGUGUGCCGGGCGGAGGUCUCUCUCCUCUGACCUGGAGGUGAAUCGCUGCUUGUCUCAUUAUCAGCGGGUAAAUAUCCUCUCUCUGACGUCAGCGCUGCUCACAUAUAAAAUCAAAUCCUUCAUCUCUGAGACACCUCCGUGUUCAGAGGACCGUCUGAGGCGUCCUGCGUUUCCCAGUGUCCGAGUCGAUCAGCGGCAUCAUGGUGAGUCGAAGGAUUCUGCUCCUCAGCGCCUCCUGCUGGCUGCUCGUUGCGUUCGGAAACAGCGAAGAGCGAUCGCCUGAAGACGUCAUCAUUACACAAGAGGAGCGAAAACUGAUUGAAGCUCUACAGGAAGUCUUGGAGCGAUUAAAGAACAAACAGCUGCCGUCGUCAGAGAGGAAGCUCGGCUGGCUUCCUGCAUGUGAUGCAGGGGAGCAGUGUGCGGUGCGUAAAGGCGCGAGGAUCGGGAAGUUGUGUGGAUGUCCCGGAGGAACCGUCUGUGACUACAUCGUCCUCAAGUGUCUGUAGCAACUUCCUGUCAUUCUGAACUACAAAAUAAAGGCGGCUUUUUCAAAACUCCA